GCCCAUGGUACAUACUGCCAACUCCCCAGGCAGGAUGGGGAUAGGCAGGGGAACCCGAAUACCACUAUGGAUACUAAUGAUCAUCUUAAGCCAUCAGAAAGUACAUGCCCAGUUUGAUUAUCAGCAAUCCCAGUAUGAGGACCAGCAAUCCCAAUAUGUGGACCAAGAGCCUUUCCCUCCUGAUGAGCAGCAAGUGCAGCAGACACAUGACUAUUUUACCACAUUAGCUCCCUCAAGCCCUGUGAGCAUGAUCCCUGCAUUGAGAACAACAAUGGUUAUCAAGACUGGAAACUCAGCUCAUAAUCAUAGAGUGUGUAGCACUUGGGGCAAUUUCCACUUCAAGACCUUUGAUGGAGAUAUCUAUCAGUUUCCUGGACUCUGCAAUUAUGUCUUUGCAUCCCACUGCAAAUCCUCUUAUGAAGACUUCAAUGUGCAAAUUAGACACUUGGUGGUUGAGAAUGUUACUGUUAUAAGCCAUGUGGUUUUAAAACUUGAUGGAGUAGCUGUUGAACUGACCCCAAGUUCCAUUACUGUCAACGGAGAACCGGUUCAGCUGCCUUACAGCCACUUAGGAAUUAUGAUGGAGAGAAUCUCGGGUUAUCUUAAGGUCCAUGGGAAAUUAGGAGUCACCAUGAUGUGGAAUCAAAUGGAUAGCCUUUUGCUGGAACUAAAUGAAAAAUAUGCUAAUCAAACUUGUGGCCUUUGUGGGGAUUUCAAUCAAAUCGCUAUCUACAAUGAAUUCAUUUCCAACAAUGUCCAGCUGACACCUUUGCAGUUUGGAAACAUGCAGAAGAUGGACGGACCCACAGAACAAUGUGAAGAUCCUGUCCCUUUACCUGGAGGCCAAUGCAACCAGGAGGCUACCACUCUGUGCCAAAAUAUACUGACUGGUAAUGCAUUUGAAGCUUGCAAUGCAUUGGUUGAUGUGCGUGACUACAUUGAUGCUUGCAUACAAGACUUAUGCCAAUGUGAUCAGUCUGUGACUGAAGUCUGCAUCUGUAACACCUUUGCUGAGUACUCCAGGCAAUGCUCUCAUGCUGGUGGACAACCACUUGAAUGGCGAACAGACAAUUUCUGUCCCACGUCUUGUCCUUUCAACAUGCAGCAUCGAGAAUGUGGAUCCCCGUGUUUCGACACUUGUACCAAUUCUGAACAGUCCCAGUUAUGUGAAGAUCACUGUAUAGAUGGUUGUUUCUGUCCCCCCGGCACUGUGUUUGAUGACAUUAACAAUUCUGGCUGCAUCCCCAUUUCGGAUUGUUACUGUACUUACAACGGCAAUUCUUACGCUCCUGGUACUUCUUUUGCCUCCCAAUGCAUUUCAUGUUCAUGCACAGGGGGGCAGUGGACUUGCACCAGCCUUUCAUGUCCUGGAGUCUGUUCUGUUGAAGGUGGUUCCCAUAUCGCCACUUUUGAUGAGAAACACUAUUCCUUUUUUGGAGACUGUAGCUAUAUGCUUACUAAGCUCUGUGAUAGCAACGCCUUUGCUGUUCUGGGAGAAAUUCAAAAGUGUGGCCUGACAGAAACUGAGACAUGCCUGAAAGGAUUAGCUAUAAACAUUGAUGGAGGACAGACAGUGAUUGUGAUCAAGUCUAAUGGAGCUGUGUAUGUGAAUAUGAUUCUCACUCAGCUGCCUAUCUCAGCAUCCAAUCUCACCAUCUUCAAGCCUUCUUCAUUCUACACUAUGGUAGACACAAAAUUUGGAUUCCAGCUAGUGAUACAAUUUAUCCCUAUAAUGCAACUGUUUAUAUACAUGGAUCCAAGCCGCAAAGGGCAGACAUGUGGCCUCUGUGGAAAUUUCAAUGGUAUCCAAACAGAUGACUUUAAAGCUGUCAGUGGGGUGACAGAAGGAACACCUGCUGCCUUUGCUAAUACCUGGAAAACACAGGCAGACUGCCCCAACGUCAAAAACAUAUUUGAAAACCCCUGUACCCUCAGCGUAGAAAAUGAAAAAUAUGCUUUACACUGGUGCGGUUUGCUGACUGACACUAAGGGACCCUUUCAGAAAUGCCACUCAAUAGUAAACCCAGAUGUUUACCAUACUAACUGCAUGUUUGACACCUGUAACUGUGAAAAGAGUGAGGACUGCAUGUGCGCUGCCCUCUCAGCCUAUGUCAGGGCAUGUGCUGCUAAAGGAGUAUUGCUAAGCGCGUGGAGGACUACUGUAUGUGCCAAAUUCCAAAUUUGUCCUGAAACCUGGACUUAUCAUUACAACAUUGAGACCUGUCAAGCCACCUGCAGAGCUCUCAGUGAGGUUGAUGUCACCUGCAAAAUCAAGUUCUCACCAGUAGAUGGAUGCACCUGUGAAGAAGGGACAUACCUGGAUGACAAUGGCAAAUGUGUGCCUGCCUCUAAGUGUCCUUGUUACCACAAAGGAUCUGCCAUUCCAUCUGGAGAGGUGGUUCAUGACAAUGGCAUCAUGUGUACCUGUGUACAAGGCAAGCUUCAAUGCAUUGGGGAAGUGAAAUCACAAACAGAUUGUGUUGCUCCUAUGGUCUACUUUGAUUGUGACAAUGCCACAGCUAAUGCUCAUGGAGUUGAGUGUCAGAAGAGCUGCCAGACACUUGAUAUGGGCUGUUACAGUACACAGUGUGUCUCUGGUUGUGUAUGUCCUGAUCAGCUAGUGUCUGAUGGUACAGGCAAAUGUAUACCUGCAGAAGAAUGUCCAUGCAUUCACAAUGAAGCCACAUAUAAACCAGGAGAAACUAUCAAAGAUAAAUGUAAUACUUGCACAUGCAAGAACCGAAAGUGGUUAUGCUCUAAUAAACCUUGUCUGGAAACUUGCUCAGUUUAUGGAGAUGGUCAUUAUACCACCUUUGAUGACAAACGAUAUGCCUUCAAUGGAUUGUGUGAAUACACACUGGUCCAGAAUCAGUGUAGUAAAAAUAAGACAAAUGUAGAAACUUUCCGGGUGAUCACAGAGAAUAUCCCCUGCGGUUCUACAGGGACUACCUGCUCAAAAGCCAUUAAGGUGUUCGCUGGGAACUAUGAGUUACUACUUACAGAUGGAACAUUUGAGGUGAUACCGAGACUUGCUGUUGGAGGCGAAGUGCCUUUCACGAUCCGAUACAUGGGCAUCUACAUGGUGAUUGAAAUUUUUAAUGGAGACGUGACCGCAAUAUGGGAUAAGAAAACCAGUGUGUUCAUUAAACUCAAAGCAGACUUUAAGGGUGAGGUCUGUGGCCUUUGUGGAAACUAUGAUGGCAAUGACAUCAAUGAUUUCACCACCAGGAGCCAGUCAAUAGUAGGAGAUGUCCUGGAAUUUGGUAACAGCUGGAAAGUUUCUCCCUCUUGUCCAGAUGCCUCAAGCACCAGGGAUCCAUGUUCUGCAAAUCCCUAUAGGAGUUCCUGGGCACAGAGGCAGUGUAGCAUCAUUAACAGCAAGACCUUUGAUCUCUGCCAUUCUCAGGUUGAACCAACUAAAUAUUAUGAAGCAUGUGUAUCUGAUGCCUGUGCUUGUGACACUGGAGGAGACUGUGAAUGCUUCUGUACAGCCGUAGCUGCAUAUGCACAGGCAUGUCAGGAGGCUGGUGUAUGCAUCUCUUGGAGAACUCCAUCUAUCUGUCCUUUAUUCUGUGAUUACUACAAUAAACAUGGAGAGUGUGAAUGGCAUUAUCAACCUUGUGGUUCUUCUUGCAUGAAGACCUGUAGGAAUCCACACAAUUGUUCACUUGAAUUAUAUGACUUGGAAGGAUGCUAUCCAAAAUGUCCAGAUGAUAAACCCUAUUUUAAUGAAGAUGAGAUGGACUGUGUCUCCCUUGAUAAGUGUGGCUGCUUUGAUGAUAAGGGAAACUAUUAUAAACCAGGAGAAAAAUUGCCUUCAGAAAAGAGCUGUCAAUCAUGUUAUUGUUCAAUGGACAGUGAAGAGGACUGCAGAUAUGAUGAAAAUGAAUGCUACUGUAUCUAUGAAGGAAAGAUAAGCAAACCUGGAGAGAUCAUUUACAAUACAACUGAUGGCAUUGGAGGGUGCAUCACUGCAAUUUGCAGUCAAAAUGGCACAAUUGAGAGGAAUAUCUUUCCGUGUUCCACAACCCCUACCAGUAUUCCUACUUCUACUGUCUUUGUAUUUAACACCACUUCCACAGCAAGUACUACUUCAGUGCCCAUGACUACAUCCGUCUGUGUUCAGGAAGUGUGUAAUUGGUCACCGUGGUAUGAUGGGAUGCAGCCUGGCUCAGGAAACAACGAUGGAGAUUUUGAAACUUUUGACAAUCUAAGGGCCAAAGGCUACCAAGUCUGCAAAAGUCCAAAAGCUGUUGAAUGUAGAGCAGAGAAAUUCCCCAAUACUCCAUUAACUACACUGGGCCAGAAGGUAGAAUGCAACAGAACACUUGGAUUAAUUUGUAAUAAUAUGGACCAGCAUCCAGAAAUGUGCCACAAUUAUCAAAUCAAAAUUCUAUGCUGUACCUUUGUACCAUGUGGCAAUUAUACUACAACCUCCAUACCUGCAACUACCACUUCAGUUCAAACAACUACAGUACCAACUACAGCAAGUACCACUGCUUUCACAAGUACAAUUAAAGAAACCACUAGCAUCUUAACAACAACCCCAAAAAGCACUUUUUUAUCUACAAGCACUACAGUCCUGUCUACAAUGGAAACUGGAUCUUCAACAACAGAAAUGAUGACAAAAACAACUUGCACGCCUAUCUGCAAAUGGACAGAAUGGUAUGAUGUGCAUAUUCCUACACUGGAUAAUGAAGGAGAUUUUGAAACAUAUGACAUUAUUAGAGCCACAGGAAAAGAUCUCUGUGAAAACCCAGAACAUAUAGAAUGCAGAGCUGAGAAAUUCCCUAAUAAAACUAUUGAUGAAAUUGGCCAAAAGGUCCUGUGCAACGUAUCCUUUGGAUUUGUUUGCAGAAAUGAAGAUCAGUUGGGAAUGCUACAGAUAUGUCUCAACUAUCAAAUUAAAGUUUAUUGCUGCAACAACUACUGUUUGACCACUCCUACAGAACCUUCAACCAGAGUCACAACACCUCAGACAACCUCUACAAUCUUUACUACAACUUCAGGAAAAACAAGUCCAAAUAUAACAACACCACAACUGACAUCUACAUCAGUUCCGGAGACACCUACAAUGACAUUACCUCCUGCCACUACUAAAUAUAUAACCAGUCUUUCUAUAUUUUCUACUACAAAACUUUCAACGGCAACUACUGCUAUGCAACCAAGUUCCACUGCAGCUCCCCUAACUACAACACUGCUUCCAACAAAAGGUACACAGUCAACAACAUUUGAAACAACGAGAGUAACCACCACAACACCUAUCACUACAUCACUGAAAACAACAAAAAUACCUACAUCAAUACUAACAACUACAAAACAACCAGUUCCAAAGACAACAGAAAGACCCAUUAUUACACAACAUCAUACAACAAGGCUGCCAUCUACAGCACCUCAGAUUGUUAAAACAACAUCAAUCCCAACAACUGCCACCUCAACAGUGAUAACCACCACCAGCAGUACCAUCAAAGAAACAACUCCCACCAUAACAACUGUUAUUUCUCCCACUACUCCCAUAGUAACUACGACUUCUUUGCCCACCACUACCCAGUUACCCUCACCAACAACAACUCUCACUACAACCACUCCACCAAAGACCACAUGUGCGCCUGUCACCUCACCAAAGACCACAUGUGCGCCUGUCACCUGCCAAUGGUCAGAAUGGUUUGAUGCUGACUUUCCCGUUCCUGGACCCGAAGGAGGAGACCUUGAAACUUACAGCAAUAUCCGAGCUGCGGGAGGGAAAUUCUGUGAAAACCCUAUAAAUAUAAAAUGCCAAGCUGAAAACCACCCAGACCUAACCAUUGAACAAGUUGGUCAAGUCGUAAAGUGUGAUGUCACAGUUGGAUUUACAUGCUACAAUAGGGACCAAACUGGAAAAUAUCAACUAUGCCUUAAUUAUAGGGUAAGCGUGCUUUGUUGUGAAGAAAACCCCGAAUGCAUAACAACAACCAUACCACCCACCUCCACUUCCAGCUCAACCCCCCCAGUUUCAACCACAACGGCCUUUGGAACAAUGACACAGGAAUUGAUAACCACAACCAUACCUCAACCCACUUCAAGUAUUACAUCUUCAACCACCACCAUAGGCAGCAGCACAAGUCAUUGCUUUUGCCAAAUUGGGGAAAAUAUUUAUAUGCCUGGUGAAAUUAUUUAUAAGCAAACCGACAGCGAUGGCUGCCUUUAUUUCGCCAUUUGUGGUAGCACAUGUUCCGUUGAAAGAUAUAAAGGGCCAUGUCUAUCAACUACACCCAAACCCACCUCAACUCCCACAAUUGUCUCCACCACUCCUACUACCAGUACUGCUGGUACUACUCCACCACCAGGCUGUCCUGAUGCUGUUCCACCCCGAGAGGAGGGUGAGACAUGGAUAGAAAAUUGCACCAAAGCAACUUGUUUAGGAAACAACAAUAUUAUGAUAAGCAAAGUGGAGUGUCCACCAGUACAGAAUAUUGUUUGUGAAAAUGGCUACCUACCAGUAAAGAUUCUCUCACAGGAUGGAUGUUGUUAUCACUAUGAAUGUGAAUGUAUUUGUAGUGGCUGGGGUGAUCCUCACUUUAUCACAUUUGAUGGAGUCUACUACACUUUCUUGGACAAUUGUACUUAUGUAUUGGUGCAGGAAAUUAUACCAAAAUAUAACAACUUUAAAAUCCUUCUUGAUAAUUACUACUGUGACACAAAAGAUCAACUUUCCUGUCACCAGUCUAUUAUUAUAUACUACAAAUCUUCAGUCAUUGUGUUAACUCGCCAGCAGUUUAAUGGGAUAGACAUUAACAAGAUCUAUUUCAAUGGGAAACUCAUCAAGUCAAGUUUCCAGAAAGAUGACAUUUAUAUCUAUACAAUUGGUAUUAAUAUGGUGGUUGAAAUUUCUGAAAUCGAUACUAUUGUCACCUAUAGUGGUGUAAUCUUCGCUAUAAACCUUCCAUUCAGCAAAUUUUACAACAAUACUGAAGGACAAUGUGGUACUUGCACUAACAAUAAAAGAGAUGAAUGUCGCUUACCAAAUGGUGAAGUAACAGAUUGCACCCAAAUGGCUGCACGUUGGAAAGUGGCUGAUCCCAACAAGGAUUAUUGCUUUGGACCAACACCACCUGUACCAUCUCAAAUUUCAACACCUUCACCGGAAAUAUGUAGUGCAGCUCCUCUCUGUUCCCUUAUUUUGAAUGACAUCUUCUCUGAGUGCCAUAAGAUCAUACCCCCGGAUUCCUACUUCCAAGGCUGCCUCUAUGAUGCUUGCCGUAUGAAAAAUGUCUCCAUGCAAUGUUCAGGAUUAGAGAUAUAUGCUUCUCUCUGUGCCUCUAAAGGUGUUUGUAUCGACUGGCGAGGGAAGACCAAUGAUGAAUGCCCCUUUAGCUGCCCUACAGAUAAAGUAUACUAUCCAUGUGGCCCCAUCCAUCCUCCCACCUGUGAUAACAGUGGUCCUCCACAGAUUGGAAUAACAGAAGGUUGCUUCUGUAAAAAUGGAACCAAACUCUUCAGUACCUACAGAGAUAUCUGUGUCUCUGAUUGUGCCUGGAGAAACCUGGAUUAGCAACUGCCAGAAAUGUACUUGUGAAGAAUAUUCUCUUAUGGUACAAUGUGUUGAAGAACCAUGUCCUACCAAAGCUACUCCUGUGGAAUGUUCCUAUAAAGGGUUUGUACCCAUCACAAUAUUAACCCCUGAAGAAAAGUGCUGCCCUCAAAAACAGUGUGUGUGCAACACUACUCACUGUCCCUGGUCUGUUGAAACCUGUCCACUGGGAUAUGAAUUAAAGAAGGAAAACUUGCCAGGAGGCUGCUGCAUUAACACCACUUGUGCCUGGGGCAGUUGUACCAGGAGGAUUAUGUGACUCAUGCAGAUGCUCUGAAAAAGAAGGUCUGGAAAACAAUGUGGAAUGUGUGUCUCAGACAUGCGACCUAAGAUGCCCUCUGGGUUACGAAUAUCGGGAAGUAUCUGGACAAUGCUGUGGCCAAUGUGCGCAGGUUGCUUGUGUUCUGACAUUGAAUUCCUCUCCUGCCCAAGUGAUCAAGCCAGGAGAAACGUGGUACCCACCAGGAAACAAUUGUACUUCAUAUGAAUGUGAUCUUGUUGAGAACCAAUAUGUUCUUGUCACUACCAAGAAAGCCUGCCCUCCAUUUGAUCCAAAUUGCCCGCCUGAGUAUGUGACAUUCACUGAUGAUGGGUGUUGCAAGAUCUGCAGAACUGAAAACUGUACAGUAACAAAUAUCACCAAAAUAAUAAAACACAAUGGCUGUGAAUCUUCUUCACCUAUUGUAGUAACAUACUGUGAAGGCCAAUGUGACAGUUUUUCAAAGUACUCAUAUAAAGCAAACAUGAUGGAUCAUACAUGCACGUGUUGUCAAGAGCGAAAGACUACAAAGAAGCAAGUGACCUUGAUUUGCGACGGUGAUAUCACCAUGGAUUAUUCUUACCUGCAUAUUGACGAGUGUGAGUGUGUCAAGAGUGAGUGCAAUAUGUUCACUCCCGCACCAGAUCAGCAAGAAAUGUUCACCUUCCCACCACAGCAGCAGCAGCAAGAACAGCAGCAACAGCAGCAGCUGGAUCAGCAACAGCAGCUGGAUCAGCAGCAGCAGCAGCAGCUGGAACAGCAGCAGCAGAAGAAGCAGUAAGAAUAAAAGCUGCAGCAGGAAUGAAAAGGACCCUCAGGACCAGUCUAAACAUUUCCAAAAAGUGACCCAAAAUUGAAUAAAAUGUAAUAAAAUGUAAAAGUUAUGCUCAAGCAACAUCCAACCAAAUAUUUCCUCUAUCUACUCUUCAAGGAAAGAUUUUCUCUUCUGCAAGCCAUGCAUUCUGAAAUAUCCUGACCUUUUCUUGGCUGUAGGCUCAACUGAGACUAUAUGAGUUUAAAAAAAAACUUGGAGAUGGAGGGGAAAAGGGCUUGGUGUCAAUAAUUGGAGUUGGGGGUGAAGAAAUAAAAAGGAUGUAUUAGUUUGGUUUGGGAUCUUCGCUUGAGAAGUGACAAUUCCUGCAUUAAGUGACAGGUAGUACUAUUUUAAUUAAGACUGGUGGAGUUUUUAACACUAGCUGACAGAAGCCAGGCAUGAUCUGGAAACUGAGUAGGAUUUUGAUCCAAUUCAUCUCUGUUGCACCUGACAAAAACAUUGGUUGGUAUUUGCUAAAAUGGCAAGCGUAGCUCUCAGUUCUCUGACAUAAUUUUUCUAACUGUGCUUCCAAAUUCCUUUUUCUACAAACUUCAUUUUUUUCCUACUCUUUCCAAAUAUGAGACAGGCUAUAUAAUGAUGUGGGAUUCUUUGUAGAUUUAUUACUAUUGCAAGAAGGGGAAAAAAACGUGAAGUGUGGCUGCUGCUGAAGAAGACUGUUUACAUGAUACCAUCAGCAUAGUAGUUGUAUGAGGAUCUGGAUUAUUUUUGUAAUUGUUUACAGAAUGGACUAACAUAAGCAUAUGCACACCAAAAGGUCAUUGGAGAAUUUUUGUAAACCAAAGUAAUAAAUAACAAUAAUACAACUUAGAAUUUCUGUUCUAAGUUAGCGAAUUGUUUUCAAACAUCAAAUUACUAUUUAUUUGUUUUCAGAAAAUAGAUUUUCAGGGAUAUUUUCUUCUGAAUAAGUGCUCUACUGUCUAUCAACUAAUGUCUGGUUGAGGGAAAUUUUCAUCUUUUAUACUUGAUAUUUGUUGCUCAAAAAUGAUUAAUAAAAUUACAACAUUU